GAGAGCGAGCGAGCGAGCGAGAGGAGUGGAGUUAAUGGAGAAGGGCUACAACUGCGCACAAACAGAGAUUUGAUCAGAGAGUUUAACUUGCUGGUGCUGGUCAGUGUGCAGCGUAGCCGUUCACUGCAAGCCAGAGCCCGCGCCCGUGCAAACCUCCAGUACUUGUUGAGCUGGGCUCGAAAACACUGACAUUUUUUUUUUUUCUGAGAGGAAGAAGUUCAGGAACUCCGCGUGAGACUGGAUUCCAUUUUGGACGUAUUUAUGUGACAACACCUUUGUUGCAUUUGUAAUGUGGGGUGAUCAGAAGCAAGCGCGGAACCUGUGGAUUUAACUAAGAAAAAAAAAAAAAACCAAAAAAAAAAAAAAAAACGGAUUUGGGACAGAUUCUUUCUCAUCUUGUGACUUUGUACCGGUUUGCUUCGGCGUGCAUGAACAUUUGCUGAAGAAAAAAAGGCAAAGCAAUGGAAGUAAGUGCGGAUCAGCCACGAUGGAUGAGCCAUCAUCCCGCGGUGUUGAACGAGCAGCAUCCCGGCUCACAUCACCCGGGCCUCGGCCACUCAUACAUGGACCCUUCCCAGUAUCCCCUCGCUGACGAUGUGGAUGUACUGUUUAAUAUCGAUGGACAGGGGAACCACGUUUCUCCGUACUAUGGAAACUCUGUCCGAGCCGUCCAGAGGUACCCUCCUCCUCCACACAGUAGCCAGGUGUGCCGUCCCUCAUUACUGCACGGCUCUCUGCCCUGGCUGGAGGGGAGCAAAGGCAUCGCCCCGCACCACAGCACUUCUCCCUGGAACCUGAGCCCCUUCCCCAAGAACCCCCUGCACCACGGCUCCCCGGCCAGCCUGUCCGUCUACCCCCCGGCCUCCUCCUCCUCCCUGUCCACCGGUCACUCCAGUCCGCACCUCUUCACGUUUCCCCCGACCCCUCCGAAAGACGUAUCCCCGGACCCAGGCAUAUCCACCCCGGGCUCCAGCAGCUCCGGGCGGCAGGAGGAUAAAGAGUGCAUAAAGUACCAGGUGACCCUGGCCGAGAGUAUGAAACUGGAGUCAGCUCACAGCCGGAGCGUGGCAUCAAUCGGAGCAGGGUCAUCCUCUGCCCACCACCCCAUCGCCACAUACCCACCCUAUGUCCCUGAAUACGGCCCAGGCCUCUUCCCACCAAGUAGCCUGAUAGGUGGGUCAUCUUCUAGUUAUGGUUCCAAAACAAGACCAAAAACAAGGUCCUGUUCAGAAGGUAGAGAGUGUGUGAACUGCGGGGCCACGUCGACUCCGCUGUGGAGGCGGGACGGUACGGGUCACUAUCUGUGUAACGCCUGCGGACUCUAUCACAAGAUGAACGGGCAGAAUCGCCCUCUCAUCAAACCCAAGCGGCGGCUGUCCGCGGCCAGACGGGCAGGGACGUCAUGUGCAAACUGUCAAACGACAACGACGACGCUGUGGCGGAGAAACGCCAACGGGGACCCGGUGUGUAACGCCUGCGGCCUGUACUUUAAACUGCACAAUAUCAACCGACCUCUGACCAUGAAGAAGGAAGGCAUCCAGACCAGGAAUAGGAAGAUGUCCAGCAAGUCCAAGAAGAGCAAAAAGUCCCAGGACAACAUGGAAGACUUCUCCAAGAGCCUGAUGGACAAGAGCAGCUCCUUCAGCCCGGCUGCCCUGUCCCGCCACAUGUCGUCCUUCCCUCCCUUCUCGCACUCCAGCCACAUGCUGACCACCCCCACUCCCAUGCACCCCUCCUCGAGCCUCCCGUUCGCCCCCCACCACCCCGGCAGUAUGGUCACAGCCAUGGGUUAGAUGUCCCCGUGCCGCACCACCCCUGAACCCUCGGCCUCGCCACCACCGCCACACCCCUCGGUACCUCUGCUGACACGCUUCCAUAUCCUAAAAGACGAACAAACUGCUCCUCGGCCCGACCUAAGCUCCCCUGUCUCACCAUCGAGCCGCGGUGCGAGAGCGACAGGCUUUAGGCUCCUUUGCCCUCAGUUGUAUCUUAUUUUUAUAAAAUGAAAGUAUACCUCUGCGAUGUGAAUGCUUCGCAGACUUGACUUGACUGUGGCGCACUGACCUCCAGGGGGAAGAUUUUUUUUUUUCCUCCAACCAGGGAGAGAAAGAACAUUUUCUCCCGAAGCUGCCGCCGCCGCCGCCGCCGCCGCCACCACAUUGAGGCUGUCCUCCCAGCUCAUCCACAUGAUAAGGAGCUCCAUUCGUGUACAAAAAGCCAUUUUCCACACACAGACAUCACAAAAACAGACAAUACAAGGACUUUUUCAACGCCCUUUCCCUUAAUUUCAAAACCCGCCUCUCUUCACCUUGCACCUGUGUAACAGGAACCCCCACUCCCCCUCUUCUUCUUCUUCUGCUUCUGCCGAAGAUGAGGAGAGACAGACGUUGAAUAUGUUUGUACAAAUUGUAUGAAAUACAGUACAUUUAAUGAAGACUUUUUAAUUAAGUAAGAAAAAAAAAGGAAAUAUGCCCCUGGGCAGCUAAUGACGAGAAGGGUACGAGUCACAGCAGGUGGAGAGACUUGCCGCCAGAGGAGUGAGGAGAGGACGCCUCCGAGUUCCAGAGGAAAGAAAAAAACGGAGGUGGAGGUGAGAAGACAAGGAGAGACUUUUGAGAAAGGGCAGGCCUCGGUUUUUGCCUGCGUGAAUUGUGUUGCAUUAAGUUUGCAGAGAGUCAGCGGCUCUGGCUGCAGGCAUCUCUCUUCUUCUUUUUUUUAUUUUAUUUUUUUUAUUUUAUUUUAUUUUAUUUUUUUUGGAUGUGCUAUAGGUCUCGGGCAAUUGGUUUGUGUCGACGCGUGCGCACACACACACACGCACACACACGCACGCACACGCACGCACGCACACACACGCACGCACACACACACACGCAAACACACACACAUGCAUUUGAUCACCUGAAAGACUUUCUUCCUGCCCACAGAUUAUAUGCAUUGUGAAAAAAGUUCCUGUAUUUGUUAUUUGUAUGUAUAAAUCAGAGUACCAAAAAUACGAAAGAAACAAAGAUGUAGAAUUAUUUCCUUAUGUUAUGCAGACUGAAUGGUUGUAAAAAUUUAAUAAUAAUCACUAGUGUAAAAUAUGACUGCUUUUUUGUUUCGUAAUUUUUUUUUCCCUCUUUGAAAAUAAUAAACUAGUUUAA